CGUCACCCGGUGUCGCCCGCUCCUCCCUACGUUUUCACCCCGCCCAGCUCGGCGCGCACAGCUCGCAGGUUCUUUCCCUGACGUAGGCCUCGCCCGGCCUUGUGAUGUUUCUACUGACGGUCGAGGCGUGGCCAAAUGGGCGGAGCCUCUGGGCAUCCUGAAGCUGGUGCCUAGCAACAAGGGAGGCAGGGAAACGGGAAGUUAGCUCAGCCCAGAGGUCCGUCUGGAAACCAGUCAUGACAGACGACAGCAAGGAGCCUGACAAUGCUCACUCACAGAAAAUCCCAAAGCUACAGGUUCCUGAAGCCCCAGAGAACACCAUGCAACGUAUUUUCGGGACCAGCCAGGUGUUCUACAGCGUGAGUGAUAUGAAAGCAAGGUUGACCGGGUCAACAGUGCCUGUCAAAGUCAAGGAAUACUAUCACCAAGGCCACAUGUGCCUAGAACAGGAGGACUGGGAGAUGGCUGUCCUCUACUUCUCCCGUGCCCUCCACCUGGACCCCCAACUGGUAGACUUCUAUGUUUUCCGUGCGGAGGCCUUCAUCCAACUCUGUGACUUCUCCUCUGCCCUCCAGAACCUGCGCAGGGCCUACUCCUACCAACCAGAUAAUACCAAAUACCUGGAACGGCUGGCCUUUGUGCUGUACCUACAGGGCCAGUGCCUGUAUGAGCUGUGUGACUUCCAGGAAGCCCUGUACGUCUUCCUGCAGGCCUCUGACCUCCAGCCCCAGAACCCUUCUUUCAGUUACCGAUGCAUAGCCUGCCUGCUGGCCCUCAAGCGGCAUCAGGACUGCCUCUCACUCAUCACCAGGGAGGUGAAGCAGGGCAGGGCCAGUGCUGAUGUCUACAUUCUCCGGGCCCGGAUCUACAACUUCUUCCAGAAGGCCAAGCUUUGCUAUCAGGACCUUCGAAGCGCCUUGCUCUUUGAUCCCACGCACCCACAGGCCAAAGGGCUGCUCCAGAUGAUGGUGGACCAGGCCAAGCAGUCCCUCCAAGAUGCCAGCAUCCUGGCUGUGCAGGGCAAGCUGCACCGCGCACUGAGGCGUAUCAGCUGUGCCAUUGAGAACAACCCCCUGGACCCCAACCUCUUCCUCUUCCGGGGCACCUUGUACAGACGACUCCAGCAAUUCGACCCAGCUGUGGAAGACUUCCUGAAGGCGCUGGACAUGGUGACUGACAGCCAGGACAGCCUGGUGCAGAAGGUACAGCGUCAGCUGCUGCUGACCUACAACGACUUUGCCGUGCACUGCUACACCCAGGGUGCCUAUCAGGAGGGUGUGCUGCUGCUGAACAAGGCGAUCAGGGAUGAGCAGAAUGAGAAGGGCCUGUACAUCAACCGUGGGGAUUGCUUCUUCCAGCUGGGCAACCUGUCCUUCGCGGAGGCGGACUACAAGCAGGCGCUGGCACUGAGCCCACACGAUGAGGGAGCCAACAUACGCAUGGGUGUGCUGCAGGAGAAGAUGGGAUUCUGUGAGCAGACACGCAGGCAGUUCCAGAUGGCCGAGGAACACUUCACAGCAGCCAUCAGGCACAACCCUGACAAAGCCCAGUACUACCUGCACAGGGCCAAGAGCCGACAGCUCCUGCAGAACACUUUGGGGGCCCGCCAGGAUGUUGCCACUGUGCUGCUCCUGAACCCCAACCAACCAAAGAUGGCCCCACUGAUGAACAACCUCUUCCCCGGCAUGACUGUGGAAGAAGUGCUUCACAGCCAAGUGGCCCAUCUGGCCAGGCUCCAGCUGCGUCAGACAAUAGAAAGCAGUCCAAGGACCAGCCACCCACAAAGCAUAGUGGCGCAGAGGUUAAUGGAGCGCCAGAAAGCCCGAGCCUUGCUGGAGUCCUGGAAUCAGAAACAUCCUUUCACUGAGAUCCCGGAAGAGGAAGUGGCUAUUUUCCAGACCCCGCAGGAUGAGACCCUGGAAGAUAAGACUGAACUCGAGAGAGAGGAAGCAGAAGAGAAAAAGGUGAAGAUCCCCCGCAAGGUGACAUCCCUGUCAGACAGCUACGUGGACCAGACCUCCUCAGGCUCAGUCUUCAGCAUCCUGAGCAUGAGCACCUUAGUGUCGGAGACGUCAACCAGUCAGGAGUAUUGGAGUUCUUCCAACACAGCUGUGACAUCGUCUGAAUACUCACUGCCUAAGUCCUCACAGCCCAGGAAACAGGCAAUGACGACGACCCAAGGCCUCAGCAGGGCUCCCAAGGUCAUCCAGUUCUCUGACCUAAACCAGAGCGUGACUGAGACCACACCUCCCUGUAGCCAAAGGCACUACUCCAGCAAGGCAGAGGCCCCCCAAGGCCCAAAGCCAAAGCCCAAGAAGACAGGGCCUCCCCAUAGCCCAGGAAAACAGGGCCCCAGCCAGAGCUGCAGAGUGACAGAAGCCACUGAGGGUCCAAAGUCUAGAAAGAACAGGGCUGACCUGACCCCGAGGCAGAGGGUCAGGAGAGCCAAGGCUCUUCGUGCCCAGAGCUGGAGAGUCAAGAGCCAGAAAUCAGCAAAGACUUCCAGCAAGACCCUCCUUUCCCAUGGCAGGGGCGGGAGUAGGUCCAGUGAGGCCCAGGGCCAGAGUUCAGGGCCCAGUAAGGCCGAGGAGGCCUCAAGCUCCACUGAGAGCACAGCGACAAGCUCCAGCAAGACUGACACCAUCUUGGACCUGAGUUCACAUCUCAGCAAACCCAAGAAUUCCCAGGACCAGAGCCUGAGCCCCAGGAAGGCCGAGCUCUCACCCACCCCUAGCCACUCUGCUGCUCCCUGAAAAGGAGAGAACAGAUUUUGCCCAACACCCUAGCUUUCAGAAAAGCUGCCUCCUCCAAGUGCAACAAGAAAUCCUGGUCAAUGUUCCGAUCCUAUGGCUAAGUUUAUUACCCCUGUUCUCUUCUUGUACAAAAUUAAAAACUUUGAAAUCCA